GCUCCCGCCGCUCCCGGCGCUGCGAGCGCGGGCCUGGGGACUCGGGAUCCCGCCGCCGGGGCCGCAGCAUGGGGCGCUUCCGCGGGGGCCUGCGGUGCGUCAAGUACCUGCUGCUCGGCUUCAACCUGCUCUUCUGGCUGGCAGGGUCAGCCGUCAUUGCUUUUGGACUAUGGUUUCGGUUCGGAGGCACCAUGAAGGAUUUCUCUUCAGAGGACAAGUCCCCAGAGUAUUUCUACAUAGGGCUCUAUGUGCUGGUUGGAGCAGGGGCCCUGAUGAUGGCCGUGGGCUUCUUCGGGUGCUGCGGAGCCACGCGGGAAUCGCAGUGUGUGCUCGGAUCUUUUUUCACUUGCCUACUGGUGAUAUUUGCUGCUGAAGUAACCACUGGAGUAUUUGCUUUUAUAGGCAAGGAUGUAGCUAUACGACACGUUCAGACCAUGUAUGAAGAGGCCUAUAAUGAUUACCUUAAAGACAGGGAAAAGGGAAAUGGGACUCUCAUUACCUUCCACUCAGCAUUUCAGUGCUGUGGAAAAGAGAGCCCUGAGCAGGUCCAGCCCACAUGCCCAAGGGAGCUUCCAGGGCACAAGAAUUGCAUUAAUGAAAUUGAGACCCUAAUCAGUGUUAAGCUCCGGCUCAUCGGAAUUGUUGGUGUUGGAAUUGCAGGUUUCACGAUCCUUGGCAUGAUCUUUAGCAUGGUCCUUUGCUGUGCAAUACGAAACUCACAAGAUGUGAUAUGAAGCUACUUCUACAUGAAAAUUACAAUCUAGAGCUUUCAUACAGAUGUCACAGGAGCUGUCUCCUGGCUCAUUUUUAAUAUUCAAAGGACAAUAGGAUCUAAAAUAAUUUGCUGUCAAUUGUACAUUUGCACAUGUAUGUAUGUUUGGCUCAUUACUGGUUUACCCCUUGAGUGAAUGCCUGUGUAUGUUGACUAAGAGCAUAUUCAUGUGUGAUCUGCCUGUUUCUGGUAUGUGCAUUAUUCAUAAUGAAAUCUGUUUGCUGGGAAUUCCUGAUUCUUGUAAUGUGAGAGGAACAACCUAUUUAACUCAGAAAAAGAUCAAAAAGCUUUGAUAAACUUUAAAAAUUUGGCUAUUCAAAAAAGUGAUAACGGGUCAUUUUCUCAGACUCUAGCCAUGGAAAGUUAGAUGCAGAGAAUUCGGGGAUUUCUAGUUAACAGAAGCAAUAAGCUACAGGAAUUGAGAGAUCAUGGUGCAGUGUUAAAAUUGAUUGCGUCUGAGCUGGGUGAAAAGGUUUCCUGGGAUUUUUUUAUAUACAUACUCUCCCCAGAAUACAGUAAACCGCAGUUUUAGAACUAAACACAUCUGUAAAACUAAAUAUAGCAGGGAAAAUCUAAUUUGAAUGUCAUACUUUCCUAGUAUUUAAAAACAAGAAACUUCCCUCUGGAAAGAGUGGUCACACAGACAAUCAUGUGCCCUACAAAAGAGAAUGUUUAUAGGAUUAAAAAAUAAAAGUCUUUUAAUAAGUUUUUAAGGAAAUAUUUUUGUUCUUAUAUAAAGACAUUUAAAUAUUGCUUUAUUACUUUCCUUUUCUGACUCUCCUCUGAACUACUGCGACUCUCACAUCCACAAAAGGGCUUUUAACUCAAACUUUUGUGUUUCUACAAAUGUAAGGAUAAAAAGACUAAAGCAAGAGAUCUGGCAGUUGCAAAUUGUGGGAAAGAGAAUUUUUACUGGCACUGUAUCUUUGAAAUACCUCAUAACUUGAGUUUACAUAUUUUCCUAAUAUUUUGUAUUUUUCUUAUUUAUUCACCUAGAAAAUUCUUCUUCAUAGAUUAAGAACUACAGUUUUCACCACUUAAAAUAAAUAAAACAAAAUCCUUCGUAAUUCAAAUAUUAUAUCAUGAACAUCCUUGACCAAACCAAAAUAAACAAAGAAAAGAAUCUUCUCCUACUCGUGUACACAGAACAAAGACAAGCUAAGGAAACAAAAAUACUUAUACACACACAACAGAAAUAUGUUCUUUCUGUGAAGUCCCCUAUAAAAAUAAAAUUUUCAUGUU